GCUACCUCCGAGACCGCCGCUUCCAUUCUAACCAUGGGCGGUAGCUGCCCCACUUCUCAGCCUCCAGUGAACCACGUGCCCAGUAGGCCCGCGGAGGAUCCGGACCAUCUUUAAGAGACAACCGCGGAUAGGCGCACGACUGUUGGGUUCGACCUCGAAUUGCCAUCAAGCCAGCCGCAACGAGCAGCUUGCUCAUCCACAUCGCCCAUCCCCAACUCUCAUCUUUCACCAUGCCCACGCUCAAGUUCUGUGGCGAGUGUAACAACCUGCUCUACCCACGCAGCGAUAACUUGAACAAGGUGCUGCUCUACCAGUGCCGCAACUGCCAGUAUGCGGAGAAUGCGACGUCGGACCCCGGCUGGGCGCCUUGCGUGUACAAGAACGACCUGUUGACUGUUGCUCGGGAGCAGGCGGGCCAGACGCAGGACCUCGAGACAGACCCCACACUGCAGCGCUCUCCUAUUCAGUGCCCGCAGUGCUUCAAAAACGGGGCCGUGUUCUACCAGGAUCAGGCGAAGCGGCACACAACAAACAUGACCCUCUUCUACUACUGCAUCCACUGCAAGCAUCUGUUCCGCGACGAGAAGGCGGUCGCCAAGUCGUCGUACUAGACGCGAGUGUGGGAUGGGACCGGCGAGGGUGAGGUAGAGCUUGAGCGGCGACGGCGUUGUGUAGAUUAGAGGCGGUUAGAAGGGCAUCGCGACCGCGAGCAUCAGCAUUGGUAUACCCUCAUGCACUGUAUUCUAUUGU